AUGGAGAAUCCAAACGAGUCAGAUGUUCCGAGUGGCCUGGAUCGGCCAUCUCCGGAGGAGCAGUUGUUGAGUGGUGCUGGGACGGCGAGUCAGGCAUUUGAGCCCGAUUAUCGUCUGCCUGGAGAAAUGGGACUAGAUGCAGAAGCGAGGGAGCUACUGAAUGAAGAACGUUCAGAGGGGUCGGAGGAAACAGCGAGGCAAUCAGCUAGCUCGCGUGAUCCGGCUGAUGUGGGUUCUCUUGCGGGGCCGGUGGUAGCUCGAGUGGGAGAAGCGGGUCCAACGUCUGCGCCCGCUCGUAUGCCAUCUAGCAGUGGGGGUAUGCGCAUGGAAGUGGACGAUGUAGAGCUGAUUCCGGAUUAUUCGCAGCUUCCGGAGCACCCAGCUGUUCCUUCUUCCUGGACUGGUCGUGUAGCGCCGUCUCAUGAGGCCACGGGCAGUGGGUCAGGUCCUUUGGAUUCGCUGUCUGGCAUGCUUCAGGGCUUGUUGGCCGAACAGUUGGCACCGGUGAUUCAGAACCAGAGACUGCUUGCAGAAAGGUUGGAGCGGAUCGAAAGUUCCAGGGGAUCAAUGUCUCAAGACUCGGUGAGAGCAGAGCCACGACUUACUGCUGCGCCGCCUGGAAUUUUUCCCUCGGACGCUGGAUUGGGCAGUGGUGUCAUGGGUGCUUGUAGUGGUGCAAUGGGCUUUGGGACAGCAGCCUCAGGAUUUGGAGGAGGACUGUCAUCAGAAAUGGUGGCCGAACUGAAUCGGCAGCAGCAAUCAAAUCCGAUCGGCAGUACCGGCAGGGCUGACGUGGGUGUAGCGACUUUGGGUGCGGAAGGGGGCAUGGGAAAUGCAGAACUCCCGGCCUUGGAGCCGCAGCAUGCGCAGAUCCGUGUGAGCGAACCUGCCAAAUGUCGGCGAAAGCGGGUGUUUGACUUCGGGAGGGAUGCGCUCUAUGUCUCACCGCGGGUACCCGAUCUCACCAGGCGGAACGGAGUCAGUGAGCGCGCUGAGGAUGUCAGGGUGUCAGUUUCAGAGUUGCCAAAGCUGGAAAUCAAGGAACAUGAAAGGGACUUGGCUCCUCUUCUGUCGGGGGAUUGGUUGGCGAUGAUUAGCCCUGUCAUGAAGGAUAUUUCGUCCACGAGCAGCAUAUGGUGGUCCCAGGUUGUGGAUGCAGCAACCUCUUACUAUCAGCACUGGUUGAUGUGUGACCCAGUAGCUCGGCUUUCAUUGCAACCUUCGCAACCAUAUCGUUUUGAACACACCAAGUAUGCACGUGUUGAGCAGAGAGCUUUGACGAUGCUGUUGCGUGCCGUGCCUACAGUAAUCAAGGAAGAGUUGGUUGCAAAUCGGAAGUUGUCCUGCAUCGAGCUCUUAGCCUUGGUUCACACAACCUACCAACCAGGUGUGGACAUGAUGGUGUCCAAGGCGUUGGCGUUGUACCCGGCCAAGGUUGUGGAGUUGGUGAGGUUCGUUCAGGGUGAACUUGAGACCUUGGUGGCUUCAGGUACAGUUCGAUCUAAGACGAAGCCGGACGGGGAUGCAGAUGCCGGUAAGCGUUUGAGGAUUGCGAAGGUUGAGGACAACGAUGCCAAGGGGACGGACGUGCUUCAGAGAAUCCGAAAGGAAAAGGCCCCCGCCACGGACUCUGAAGACAUUCUCAAGAAAGCCGCAGCCAUGAUUGAGACCCUGCAGACCUCCAUAAAAACUGUAGGUGACGGCUACGGAGGUAGGCCAGGUAGCAAUGAGCCCACGGGCCUGAUAGACUCAGGUGCGUCUGCUUGUAUGCGCGCCAAGGUAGAUGGAGAUGUCGUUGUUGGGGUUCGGGUGGUGUCGCUUGCUCAGGGUGAGGCCGAAGUUGAGGUCAAUCAGGCGGGUACGCUGUUGACAUCACAACAGAUUGAACCGAUAGUCUCGGCCAGACACUUAAUCAAGUGCGGUUUCAAGAUCACGUGGUCCCGGAGGGCAUUCUUGCUCCUUGAUCCUCAAGGUGUUGCUGUCCCUGCGGUCAUCCAAGCUGGUUGCCCCCGGGUCACGCGUUCGGUUGCGCUAGCUCUCAUUGAUUUCAUUGAGAAAACAUCCUUAGAGGAAGGGGCAGCUGUUGCAGAAUCGGUGAGGGUUGCUCGAGCUUCGUGUGCCGAUCAGACUGCCGCUUGGACGAUAGGAAUGGAGAAGCUAAGGGAUGGUUGUCAGGAGGGUGAUCUAGUCAAGGCUCAAGCGUGGCAUCGGAUUACGCUGCAGUCACUGUUUCCUGAGGUUCCCGGUGAUUUGGUUGAUAGCACUUCCUGGUUGGUUCCUUCAGAAGGGGUAAAAGGGGUGUUGAAUCGCCGAAGGAGAAGAUCAGUUGAACAAUCUCAGGGGGUGAUCCUUCACCUGUUCUGUGGGAGUGCUCGAAGGGCGUUUGACUCAGUGGCCAGUAGAUUCGGGCUGAGCGUCUUGCCGAUAGACGUUGAGGAAGACCUGUUGAAUCCUGCCGUGUACUCCUACAUCUUAUCACUCGCGUUGUCCGGUAGGUUGGUGGCGGUGUUGUCAGGACUUCCGUGUCGUACACGGAGUGUGAUGCGAGGUCAUGGGAGUGGUCCUCCCGUGGUGAGGUCAAGGGAAGGUGAGGGCAGAUGGGGACUUCCUGAACUUCCGCAAGCAGAGUUAGACAAGGUCCAGGCUGACGAUGAAUUGUGGAUCAAGCAGCUAUUUGUGAGUAUGGCCGCACAGUGGGGUCUGAAUCAGACUAGUGAGGGUUUGAGGUUGGGGUAUGUCUCCAUGUUGACCAGGGCUGUUGAGCAGUAUUUGGCUUCGAUUGCUACCAAGUUUCGCCAGCAGGCUGCAAGGGAGACCGUGAAGGCUGCCAGGGCUAGCGUACAUGAAGGUGUCAGGGCUAGGUAUUUCUUGGCUGCCAAUCUGUCAGUCCCGUUUGAUGUGCAUGUUGCUGGGAGUGAGAAGCCGGUAGCCGACGAACCCGACGAGCCUGCACCAAGUGCAAGUGAAGAGCCAGCGGAGUGGGAACAAGCUGGUGAUUACGAGGAGCUUGACGCGGAGCACAAACAGGUUGGUGAGCUACUUCCAGAGGAAGGGGUUGACAAGGACAACUACCUGAGCAAGGUUCAGAUGGUAAACGUUCCUUUCGGGAUUCCGUUGAAGAACAAAGGGGCUCAGGAGGUCUUGAGGGCACUGAAGCUCAUUGAUGCUCGCGCGUCUUGUCUCGGGAUAAAAAUCGCUCGCCUUCACUCGGACAAGGGCGCUGAAUUUGACAACCGCUUUGUUCGGGACUGGGCGGCGUCAAGGGGGAUUUGGAAGUCUUCGACUGGGGGAGACAAUUGGCGAUCGAAUGGCACUGCAGAAGCCUUAGUCGGCAUUCUCAAGGACUCUGUUCGAGUUCUCUUGCGGGAUGCAGGGCUUGGCCCACGGGACUGGCCUUACGCUUUGAGGCACGCAGCAGGGAGGUUGUUUCAGUCCAGGGUUAAAGCGCUGGGUUGGGAUCUUCCGCCUCUGGUUCCUUUUGGGGCAAAGGUGUUUGUUCAUCGCCGAACCUGGCAUUUGAAGAAGGAUGCUGACAAGGAGUGGGCUGCCAAGGCUGUUGAGGCUAGAGUUCUUGCGCCAGCAUUCGAGGUUGAUGGCGGGUAUCUUGUCCGAACAGUCAAGGAUGAACUGUACAAUACCAGCUGUGUGUACGAAAACGUUGAAUACCUUGAUCCAGCUCGGUUUGUCAUCCCUGAGGAUAAGGCUACGGAAGCGGACAUCCUGAGGGUGAAAGUUUCGUGGGCGGGGCGUGUGGCGGUGAGUCAGCUGGGCCUUUUGAUGCCCCUGAUGCUCAUCAAACAAAUGUUGCAGGGCAGGUGGAAGGAUGAGGGUUCGGUUUCAUUGGGCCUUUGUCCGAGUGCAGUUGACCCUGACGUGUCACUUAAGUGCUUGAAAGAGUGGUUGAGUGACGAGGGCAGGUCUCAGUGUAGGCGGCAUGCGGAUGUGAGUCAACCAACGCAAUUUGCUGACGAUGACUUUGUUGAUGACGCUGUAAGGCAUGCCGUAGUUCGAAAGAUCCUUGAGCUGGAGCAAACUAGCUGUGCCAAGGCUGGCGAAGAGCUGGUGUACAGUUUGUUGCCAGAUGCUGAGGUUCUGUGCACGCACACGGUGCCCUUGGUUGAGGUAGAGCGGUACUAUGGUCUUUGGAAGGAUGCUCUUGAAAAGGAGCUGCAUUCGAUGACACAUGAAAAGCAGGCUCUCAAGGUGAUUUCUGAGGAAGAGCUGACCAAGUACCAAGAAGCUGGAACGCGUGCCAUGGUCAUCCCAAGCAAGCUUGUGUGCACCAGAAAGAGUGGUGGUAGAUUCAAGGCCCGGCUAGUGGCGUGUGGCAACUACGUUGAUCUUGGUGGCAAGGACGGUGAGAAUCGGAGUGCAAGUGUGGACUUGUACGCCGGCGGGAUCGACGCGGCAGUGCUUAGACAGGUGUUGGCGCAUGCUGCCAAGAAAGGGUCAUGGUCAGCUGGCACUACUGACGUCUCUACGGCAUUUUUGAAUGCUGAGCUUUUAGAUCGCCAGAACCCGCUCACUAAGCCAGCUCCGCUCUCACAAGAGGCUCCGUCGGAAGUUGUUGUGCUCCGUCCGCCCUCGCUGUUGAUCAGGCAUGGUUUGUUGCCUGCGCGCAGUUUGAUGCUUGUCCAGCGGGCCGUAUAUGGCCUAGAUCAAUCCCCGCGUGACUGGGGCAUACGUCGCGACAAGGAUCUGCGCACGAUUCGCUUGAUGCUUGACACUUGUGAGUAUCGGCUUGUGAUGUCGGACGUUGACAACAACCUGUGGUUUUUGACCACCGGCCGUAAGUCGGAUCCUGUCGUGGCUUGCUUGAUGGUGUACGUGGAUGAUCUUCUCGCUACGGGACCGCUGGCGGUGAUCCGGCCGCUGCUUGAUGAGAUUUCAAAGCUCUGGCAGUGCGGCACUGUAUCUUUUCUGCCUGAGGACACGUCUGAGGUGCCCUUGGUAUUCUUUGGGUAUGAGAUCAGGCGAGUUGGUAGGAGCUUUCAUCUCAGCCAGAGGGACUACGUAAAGGAGCUUGCUACGAGGUAUCAUGAUCUUCCCGCUCCCUCUACGCCUCUUCCCCCAGGAACCUUGGACAUACCACUCGCAGAGGAGCAAUCAGCCAGCGACCUCAAACAGUGCCAGGCCAUGCUAGGAGAAGCUUUGUGGGUUAGCACGAGAACGCGGCCCGAUGUUUGCUUUGCGGUUUCUCGUCUUUCUCAGGCGAUGUCCAAGAAUGCAGCUGUAGUUAGGCCACUUUGCCUUCACUUGCUAGGAUACUUGUGCCGUACCAAAGACUUUGGCCUCCUGUAUACUGAUCAGUAUCCAGUUCAGGGUGAGCCAGGUUCGGUUGCUUCGGUCACUGGCAAGUAUGUUGUAGAGGCUCAAACGGACGCAGCAUUCGCGCCCACCUGUGAGAGAUCGCAUGAGGCCACAAUGGUGUACACUGAGGGUUCAUUGACGGGUUGGUUGUCAACUCGACAGCCAUUCGUAGCGUCUAGCACAGCUGAAGCCGAAUUGCUCUCUUUGACCACUGGCUUCUCGUACGGGAGGUCGCAGCGGUUCGUGAUUGAGGAGGUUGAGGGGUGCAAGAUAGAUUUAAGGGUUCUCAAUGAUAACCUUGCAGCUACCACGAUCUGCAACAGUCCGUCCACCAACUGGCGAACUCGCCACCUGAGGAUUCGGGCUGCCCAUUUGCGAGAGCAGAUCAGUGAAGGGGAGUGCUCAGUUUCUCAUGUUGAGGGUGCCAGAAACACUGCUGAUUUAGGAACUAAGGCACUCCAGCCUCAGAGGUUCGAGAUGCUUCGGGCCAUGAUGGGAGUUGUUAGCCUCUCAGAGGUCACUGCUCGUCCUGCAGCUGCCACUGUCUCGUCCGGUCCACCGGUUGAGGAAGCUCUUAGAGUCGUUGUCGCUGCACUUUGCGUGGCAUCAGUUAAGGGUCAACCGUUGAGUGAGGGUUCGGAUGAUUUUGGUUUUUGGAGAGUCAUCUUGCUCUGGAGCGUGUUGGUGAUUCUUGUCUGGGAGAUCGUCAAGUGGGGCUGUCGGGUGAGCUGCCGGAGGUUCGUGUUACCGGACAUGCCUGAGCCAGACUCAGAAGCUUCCCAAUCUGAGCGGGAGCAGGAACCUGAUGACGAGGAUCUUUUGGUAGAAACUGAUAGGCCUCAGGUUACCGCUGAGCCUCUGGAUGAGGACCCUGGUGUGAUGCCAUUUCGGUACGCUGAUGAUGUCGUGUAUCUUGUUCCUCGUAGGCCCACGAUUGCCUAUCAUACUGAACCAGAGCAGCAGGUCCUAGAGCAGGCAGGGAUUAGAAGACGUCACGCUUUGAGAGUUUAUGCUCCCGAACCUGAUGAUGAGCCGUUGCCGCAAGUGAGAGGUGUCGGGUCCGAUGAUGUUCCUAGGGAAGCUGAGCGUGUCGUUAGGGUCUCCGACCUCGCGCCGCUGCCGAGUUUUCAGGAGGGGGGUCCGUUAAGGCGUCUGGUGGAAGCCAGGGAGCGGGCGGAGGUCCUGCAGGGGAUGUUGAACAUGCCCCCUAUGGUACCUAUCGUGCUUCACCCUUUUUGGCCUGCGCCACCACAGCUGACGGUGAGAGAGCUUCGGACAAUGGCAUCUGAGUGGGGGGGUCCUGCGAGUUCUCUGUAUCAAGAGCCACAUCCGGCUUACCACGGCGAUCAGUACAUCUACGUGCCCGAUGUGAGACCACGAGUGUUGGUGAGAUGGCAUAUGCGGCCGCGUGUGGGAUUAUUCCAUCCGGAACAGGCGCCUACGCCAAUUCCUCUCGGUGCUCUUACAGGACAGCGACGCACGCUGCAGGGAUUUGCCAAUGGGGACAGGGUCAUUUGGGAUGACCGCUUCACGAAUCCAGAUCCUGAGAGGCCACAUGAAAAUCUGUGGAGAGGACGCACAGAGCUGGAAGUAGACCCAGAUGAACUGGCGAGACUCCAAGGGGGAAAUGAGGACUCCGAUUAG